AUCUGUUGGAAAUGUCUAACGUGGCAGCAGUUACUACGAAUGGCACCGGUAGACGCAAGUUCAAGGAUAGCAGCAGUGGUCAUUGGGACAGCGAUGCAAUCCUCAUGUCGCAGGAUCACAUAACUCGCAGUCUGACGGUGAACAAAGCCGAUGACAGGAUCAUACCGUCGAUGGCGCCAGCGGCUCCAGUGCUGCGGGAGCGCGAUUGGUUCCGCACCCGCAUGGACCAGAUUCUGCAGGACGACACAGGCGGUGGCGACGUUGACUUUGAGUGGGACGUCCCAGAGCACCUCCCGGGCAGCCCGUUGUGCCCGCUCAGCCCGAAGCACAAAAGUGGGGGGAAGGGAAUCUGCGUGUACCACGGUCGGCGGAAGACGAAGAGGGCGGAGAAUUUGAAUCUGUAGGCGGUGGGAGGGAUUGUGCGGAGAAGGGAAAGGGGUAGUGGUCAUGGCUAUAAGGAGGACGUGCAUGUCUUCCGGUCAGAGGUCGCUCGGCGCACCCCUAUGAUGGAGACUUGACAGGUCAGCGAGACAGGUGGACACGGACAUUGGGCGGCUGGCGACACGGCGGGCGUCGCAUGGAGAUAUAUGUAGCGGCGCGUGGAAGCAGGCAGGCGGCAAGGCGCGAGAGAAAGCAGCAUGGUGCAGGCAACACAAGGUG